GCCCCCGAGCAACAGCAUGCAUGCAAAGCAAGGCUCGGGGUUAGCAAGGGCAAGGUGGUUUUGCUGAAACCUCCCACCAGCUUUUGCCGAGGCUUCCCCCUUUCGUGCACAGCUUCUUCGCUUCCCUGGGAUUUCCAAUCUUGGCAACGCUGCCGCGUUUCCCGGGGAAGGACUUGCUUGCAACACAAGCCGCGCGGCGCUUCCCGGGUCUGUCUAAGCAGCUGCAGCGGCGGCGAAAUGCACCAAGCCUUUCUCCGGGAAAUGAGCCCCGCACAACCUUCCCCCUUGCUAGCUGAGUGAGGCUCCGAAUGGAUCAGCCAGAGCCGGGUCUUGCAGAUGCGGCAGCUGCAGCGCCGGCUGGCUAUGAGCCCGCGGUGCCUGCUCGGCCCGGUUGCGUCUACACCGGCUGCUACUGUGAGGAAAAUGUGUGGAAGCUUUGUGAAUACAUCCGAAACCAGAAUCUAUACCCUUUAGAAGAAUUUUAUGCAGUUUUCAUUUCCAAUGACAGGAGGAUGGUGCCGCUUUGGGAGCAGCAAGCAGGCAUGGUUGGUCAACCUGUGAUUUGGGACUACCAUGUUGUUUUGCUUCAUGUGGCCAGCGGAGACCAGAAUUUCAUUUACGACCUCGAUACUUUGCUGCCUUUCCCUUGCCCCAUCGACACCUAUAUUGAAAAGGCUUUUAAAUCAGACAGCGUUAUUCAUCCAGAAUUUCAAAGAAAAGUCCGGUUGGUUCGAGCCGACGUGUACCUGAAGACGUUUGCUUCUGACCGAUCCCACAUGAAAGAUGCCAGCGGGAACUGGCAAAAGCCGCCUCCGUUAUACCCGUGCAUCGAGACCGCAGACUUCAAGAUGAACCUGGAUGACUUCAUCAGUAUGAAUCCAGAUGUUGGAUGGGGAUCUGUGCUAUCUCUCCCUGAAUUUGUGCAAGGGUUCGGCAGCCAGAACUGAUUUUUGACUCACGGCGAAGAAAUCCUUUUGAUGAGCACCAUUCCUAUUUAUUGCAUUCAGGUGUUUAAAGUUGGACUAAUCGUACUGGUUGCAUUUGGGCGGGGGGAAAUAAAAGAAAAUGUACUGAAUGGAAUAAAACCUUU